ACUUGCUAUAACUUUGUAAUUUUGAAAGAAUAUUUAUUAAUAAAUUUUUUAUCCUUUGUAGGUGUCGCAACAAAGGCUCCACCAGGUAACAAAAAGAGGAACACUAUCAUUGUUGGAGUAGUUUUGGCCAUUGCCUUUUUGGCAAGCAUAAUAGUAACACUGCGUUAUUGCCGACGAUCGCAAACCGAUCUUACACCAUCGAUGCCAGAUUUAAAAUUUGAGUACGAUGCAUUCGUUAUAUUCAGCUCACAAGACUCGGAUUGGGUGGUAAACACUCUCAUCCCAACUCUGGAGAAAAAGCAUGGCUUGAAGUGCUGCAUACAUUACAGAAAUUUCACACCAGGAGUCCUUUUUAGGGACAAUGUGGUGGAAAGUGUUUACAAGUGUAGAAAAACCCUUGCUAUUGUCUCUACUCACUUUUUUGAUAGUAAUUAUUGUGGAUCAGAACUGGAUUUCGCCCUUCAUCGACUUAUGGAAAAGAGGGAUGACAGCCUAGUUGUCAUCAAACUUGAUGAAGUUGAUAAAAGGAAACUUCCCAUCGAACUGCAAGAGAGGAGUUACAUAGACUAUUCGAAAUCCGUCGAAAAGGAAGCGUGGGAGAAAAAAUUGGUUGACUGCUUAAAGAACAAAGCUAACAAAUAAAACAAAGCAAGCAAUAAAUCAUAAACAGAAAAAGCAACCGUCAAUAUUUGCCUUGUAAGCUUUCUCGCGGGUGCCAUGUAAUACGAAAGGGACGGCGGGAGAAAAUUCAAAAUUUCAGGAGAGUCAUCAUUGACUUAUCUAUUUCUGUAUUACCGUGUUACAAAUCUAAUUUUCGACCGACAUGUCGUCUCUAUUCUCGCACCUGCUAUGUGAUGCACGUACACCUAUUUUGGUUCGUCAUUAAUUUCUAUCCGUUUCCGGUGAGAUGUUUAAAAGCCACCUCGUGAAAGGUAGCUACCCGAUGAAAUAACAUGUUUACUUCAAUCUAAUAUGCAAUUUUCACA